AUGCUCGCACGGCCACUCGCAGCCCUCGUGCUGCUCUGUGCCGCCACUGCACGCGCACUAGCAGCGCCAACAAGCCCGCCACAACCCGAGUCGUACCGCGAGUCGCUGCGGCUCACCUCGUUCCCCGACGGCAAGGUCCUCUCCGACUUCACCUUCACCCUCGACGGGCCCUGGCACGAGCGCGGCAACGAGGUCGCCCUCAACACAGUCGCCCACCACCACACGCUCCUCCCGAGGCUCCUCACCUCGCUCAUCCGCCAGCACCGCGUCGCCUCGUUCCACCUCACCCUCUCGUCCGGCCGCUGGCUCCCGACGUGGCCGAUCCACCUCCCCGCCGAGCUCCCGGCGUCCGGCAUCGAGCUCACCGCCUGGCUCGAGGUCCUCGAGGGCGAGUCGGACGGCGACGAGCGCAAGCGGUGGCAGGCCUUCACGAGCGCCGUGAGCGGGCUCUUCUGCGCGGGCGUCGUGGCAGACGGCGUCGAGACGAGCACGACCAGCCCGACCUGGGCGGUCCCGUUCGAGGGUCCAGGAGACGCAGCCGAGCACCGCCUGUACCGCCUCAGCAUGCCCCGACUCGCCGCCGCCUGCACCGAAUCCCUCACCCCUUUCCUCUCCCUCCUUCCCUGCGCCUCGCACGCCGGCCUCAGCUCGUUCCUCAACCCGCAUCGCCUCUUCGACGGCGAGUGGACCCUCAUCGGCAUCCAGUUCGCCAAGGACGACGAGCACGAGACGGCGCGCCUUGCGCUCGAGGUUGGCAGCGUGCAGGACCCGGUCAGGAGGGACCGGCUGACGGGGCAGAUGGGCCGACGAGAGUUCUCCCUCAAGAGCCUGUACGACCGCGCCCUGUCGACCUCGUGCCCGGUCGCCAACGCCUCGACCAUCGAGCUCGUCGUCCCGACCCACUCAACCAACCCGUUCUCGAUCGAGCCAGACCGUGCUCGAGUGCUCAAGAACGUCGACGGCCGCGACGUGGCCAUCUGGGACGUGCAGCAAGCUCUCGAAACGGCGCAACUCGACGUGAGCUUGACGUGGCCCGGCGAGAACGUGUUCCAGCACCCACUGCGCUCCAAGCUCCCCGUCCCGCCGCUCACAGUGCGGCGCAUCACGCACGCUGUCGGCGUUGAGCGAGGGCGUAUCGGCGUCGAGGUCGUCAACAACCUCGAGGACGAGGCCGAGGUCGUGUGGGGCGAGAGCUGGCCAUGGUGGCUGCGAGGGUACCUCAGCACGCUCGAGGCGACGCUCAACGGUACCACGUCGACCGACCUCGUCGCCGACCUCGACUACACGCCCUCGAUCGCCCGCAAGCGGCCGACCUCGCUCCAGGCGCUCCUGAGCAUCCCGCCACGCACGACGGCGCGCCUCCUCCUCGCGUACGAGACGGCGAGCCUGUGGUACACCGAGUACCCCUCGGACGCCAACCGCGGCUUCUCCGUUCCCGGCGCCUCCCUCACGCUCCUCUCGCCUCCUCCGCCGCCGUCGCACGACACGCCAUCUUCGUCAGCUCUGCAAAUCGGCGACGACGGCUUCCUCGCACUGCGCCCGCCGCGCCUGCGCCUCACUACGCCGACGACGCUCGUCAGCCUCCCGACGCCCGACUUCUCGAUGCCGUACAACGUCAUCAUCCUCACGAGUACCGUCAUUGCGCUCUACUUUGGCAGCGUCCUCAACGGCAUGGUGCGCAGGUGGUGGGUCGUCGACGUCGCGCCGGCAGGGGAGGACAAGGUCAAGGACGAGUAGAACUCGCGACGAGGCAGGAGGGAAACACAGCUGUAUCUCGC